UGUGUUCAUAAGUUCCCGUUUUUAAUAAUAAGAAGUCACUGCAAACCAUAAAAUAUCAGAAUGUAAUGUAAUCUAAUUUUUUUAAAAAACAAAAACUAUUGGAUUUAAGUUUUAAAAUGAAAGCUAUCAUUUAAAUAGUACAAACUAUACGUGAAAUGUUUAAAAUAAAAUUGUGACUAAAUGUGAAAUCUUUUUGAUCAAAUCCGAACAAUCAAAAGUGAUUUUCAGACGGAUCUAUCAUGACGUCAUUCUGAACAUUGAUCACAAUGUAUCAUGUUGCCACUUUCUACGUCACUAAUAAAUUAAAAUUGGUAUCAUUUCAUUUUAAACUUUUCAAAAAUAUUGUUCUGACCAAAUGUUAAAUGAAGAGGAUAUUUUUAACAGAGUGAGAAACUUUUUGAGACACCGUGUGUUAUAAAAAAAUUAUUUUGUUUUUUCGCAUUUCAGUAAUAAAAUACACAAUUUUUUUACAUAACGGAUCACCUUCGAAGCGACAUUAAAAGAAAUAGCACAUAACUAUAGAUACAAAUUAUGUUUUAUAUAUAUAUAUAUAUAUAUAUAUAUAUAUAUAUAUAUAUACAUAUAAAGAUAUGAUACAUUGACAUUCCUCUGUAAAGCGCAAAUUCGCUUACGAGCGCUGUUCUUUCAGUUGCAUCUUAGAAGAGAUGUCUCUAUAUAAACUCCAUAUAAACUCCAUAUAAAAUCCAUUUAAACUCCAUAUAAACUCUAUAUAUUUAUAUAUGUGCAGAAUCCCACUAUGAAGCUCCUGAGUUUACUCACCCUGGUUUGUACAGUUCUUGGAGCUAAAGGUCAAGGUAAGCUGAACAACUCCCUGUGUGUUUACGUUCAUAUGACCCGGGUAAGGGAGAAAAGUUCAAGGACGAGAGAGUGAGUCUGAGGAAUAGGGCAACUCUCCCUCACAUUAAAAAAAAUACAGCUCAAGGUCAAGGCUGCUACGCGAGGCAAAAUGUUGCCCUGGUCAUAUUCCACUUCUCAGUGUUCAAGGUCAUGACAUGAAGAGCUCACCCAGCGAAUAAAUAGGCGCGAUUGUUAUUUUUUAUCUUAAUUACACGUGUGGGGCUACACUCGCGUGGGGCUACACUCGUGAGGGGCUACACUCGCGUGGGGCUACACUCGCGUGGGGCUACACUUGCGUGGAGCUACACUCGCGUGGGGCUACACUCGCGUGGGGCUACACUCGCGUGGGGCUACACUCGUGUGGGGCAACACUUGUGUGGGGCUACACCCGUGUGGGGCUACAUACGUGGGGUGCUACACUCGUGUCGUGCUACAUUCGUGUCGUGCUACACACGGGGGGUGCUACACUCGGGCGGUGCUACCCAUCUCCAUCCAAACCAUAACGUUGACCUUUGACCCUAUGUGGGAUUUAAUUAAUGCUUAAAAAAACCUAACUCUAAAGCUCCAUUAUUAUACCAGAGAUACAUUAAUGAGGUGUACACUUCCAUUAUUGUCUCUCACUGUGUACGUAUCUCACUGUGUACGUAUCUCAAUGUCUACGUACCUCAAUGUGUACUUAUUUCAUUGUGGUAGAGUGUAUGACUGACGAUUAUUGUUGUGUGUACUGAGUGAGCUUAGCGACCUGAUUGGACUGUGUUGUUGUCAUAUUGCAUGACUUGACAUGGUGAGUAGUUUUCAUGAAUUCUUUAAACUUAAAUGUGUGAAUAUUGGUUAGAGAACUGGGGUGAGUGGUCACGUGAUGUGAUUUAUAGAAAAGAAUGUAGAAUGAGAAAUACAGAUUCGUUGGUGCACAGACCACAGACGUGUUGCGAUCAUAUUUACUAUUAAAAAUAUAUAAGUAUCGCAAAGUGUACAUUUAUCAAUCUGUACAUAUAUCACUGUGUACGUAUCGCAAUAUGUAAAUUUUUCAAUUUGUACAUAUCGCAAUUUGUACAUUUCCCAUUGUGAAUUGAUCUUAAUGUGUACGCAUAAUAAUGUGUACAUAUAUCAAUGAGUGCACAUCUCAAUGUGUACAUAUCUCAAUGUCUACAUAUCUCAAUGUGCACAUAUCUGGAGGUGUAAAUAUCUCAAUGUGUACAUAUCUCACUGUAUACAUAUCUCAAUGUGUACAUACAUAUGAGUAUCAGUUUUUCUUGUUCAAGUCUUUUGUUAGAUACUUCUUUUGUUAGAUGCUUCAUAUUCAUGUACGGAGAUAAUAUCUGUGGAUAUUCUUAUUAAGAUGAUAUAUGAAAAUUAGCUUUUUUCCUAUUAUAGACAAACUAAGCACGCGUUGACUUAUUAUAUCGAAUGCUGCACUGGGGUCAAGGACACACACUAAUGCUGUGGUAUCAAAAUUGAAAAGUGGAUUUGUCGUUUGAUUGCUACACUUUCAAUCCGAUUGCCGAUUACAAUCAUAUCAAAUAUCAAGCCAAUGUGACCUCGCCUAGAUCUUAUCAAAUUUUAUAUCAAUUUGACCUUUCUACGAUCGUAUUAAAUAUUAAUUCAACUUGAACUUGCCUAGAUCUUAUCAAAUAUGUCAAUUUGACCUUUCCACGAUCUUAUUAAAUAUUAAUUCCGUUUGACCUUGCCACGAUCUUAUAAAAUAUCAAGUCAAUUUGACCUUGCCAUGAUAAUAUCAAAUAUCAAGUUAAUUUGACCUUCAAACUGUGCUAUCUCGGUGUCAUGUUUUUCCACAUCCAUCCACACUGUGCUGUCUCCGCGUGGCCUUCUAAACUAAUCUUAACUAAAUGUUGGUUCCUAAUGUCAACACGUGCCGUGAAGUUUGAGACUGCGCCCUGAAUCUACUUAACUCUCAUCGACCCGAGCUCUGCCCCUGACAGACAUUUGUUUGAGGGAACACGCCGGGCAAUGUUGACCUGGGACUUUGGCUAUGUUGCCCCCCCCCCCCCCCCCCCCCCCCCCCCCCCNGAUAAUAUCAAAUAUCAAGUUAAUUUGACCUUCAAACUGUGCUAUCUCGGUGUCAUGUUUUUCCACAUCCAUCCACACUGUGCUGUCUCCGCGUGGCCUUCUAAACUAAUCUUAACUAAAUGUUGGUUCCUAAUGUCAACACGUGCCGUGAAGUUUGAGACUGCGCCCUGAAUCUACUUAACUCUCAUCGACCCGAGCUCUGCCCCUGACAGACAUUUGUUUGAGGGAACACGCCGGGCAAUGUUGACCUGGGACUUUGGCUAUGUUGCCCCCCCCCGCCCCCCCCCCCGGUCAAACAAAAAUGUCAUGUUUGAGGUUAAUUAGAAUGUGUCAUCCCACAAUCAACUAGAAUGUGUCAUCCCACAAUCAACAGGGUGCCUCACCAAACAAUUAGAAGGUUUGUUUAUUUUAUUUAUAAAUAAUUGUAUAUGUCGAAUAGAUAUAUCUUGACUGUGACUAAUUUAGUCCACGUUAUUUGAAAGUCAUUUAAUAUUUAGUUUAUUGAUAAAACAUGAAGUUUCUAUGGUCCAAAUGUAUACAUCUGUCAUUGGUCUACACAUUUUUUUUUUGGUUUGAAUUUAUAAAGAUUCUGUUGAUUUUUUUGAUUUUUUUUUUUAGUAUCAUGCUUUUAAUCUUUUAUGGACAUCUUUAUUGAUUUUUAAUACAAUUAAUCUAUUAUUUUCAUUUGUGUUUUUUUUUUUUUUUUUUUUUUUUUCCAAUUUUUUUUUUUUUUUUUUUUUGUUUAUAUUUUUUAAUUUUUUUUUUUUUUUUUUUUUUUUUUUUUUUAAUAUUUUGUUUUUUAUUUUUUUUUGUUUUUUUUUUUUUUUUUUUAUUAAAUUUUUUUUUUUUUUUUUUUUUUUUUUUUUUUUUUUUUUUUUGCUAUUACCAAUUUAUUAUUUGUAUUGAUUGUAAAUACAAAUAAUUUAUUAUUUUUAAAAGGGGAAGUAAGUAUUUUUUUUUUUAAAUUUUUAAAUUAGGAUUCAAAUUUUAAAUGAUUUUUAUUUUUUUUUGUUUUUUUUUUUUUUUUUUUUUUUAAUUUUUUUUUUUUUUUUUUUUUUGUUUUUUUUUUUUUUUUGCUAUUACCAAUUUAUUAUUUGUAUUGAUUGUAAAUAUAAAUAAUUUAUUAUUUUUAAAAGGGGAAGUAAGUAUUUUUUUUUUUAAAUUUUUAAAUUAGGAUUCAAAUUUUAAAUGCUUGAAAAAAAUCCAAAUUAACAACAGCAAGCAAGAAAGGCUGUACAUAUAUGACGUUUGGUAGACAUAUGGUGUAUAGAGUAUGCACAGAGUUCAACGGGGGAUGGGGGGUCGUAGUGGUUGAAUAAUAUCUUGGAAUAAAAUGAAAACGUUGAAGUUUGAGUUGUAACAUAUGGUAUAGAAAACCUAUCCUCAUUUAUUUCUAUCAUUUAUUCAUUUACAAAUAUAUAUAUAAACAACCCAUAAAAAGAAUCAAGUUUUUUUCGUAUAAAUCCUUUAUAUUUUGGUAUAAAUCCUAUAAAAGGAAUUUUUUGUGCGACCAACCGAUAGCUAGUCUAUAUUUAUUACAACAUUAAAUCAUAUUUCCUUCAGCUUCCCUUUGAAAAACAGGAAAACUAUUUUUGGAGUAUUGGGGGUGGGGCUGAAAAUUGGACAAAACAUGUAUACAGGUGGCGCACUUGAUAAGAAUCGCAUUAGGUGUUUUUUUUACGCCCUGAACUAUAUUAAUAUUUUAAUGACGCACCCACUUUUACACCACAUAUUUAGUGCACAAACGUUGGUUUAACUAAAACUAUUAAUACAAAUCAAGUUUUUAAUGUUCAGGAAAAUACUUUGACCCUGGUGGAUUCAGGUAGAUUUUUUUUUUUAAGUUAGUAUGUUCUGAGGUUGUAUCAAUUCAAUACUUAAUAUGUAUGACACUGUGGGAUGCCCUGGGUUUUUUGUAUCAGUGGUAUCAUUAACAUGUAUGACAAUUGGGAUACCAUGAAGUUGUUGUAUCAAAUGUACACUUUACAUGUAUAACAUUGUGGAUGCCCUGAGGUUGUGGUAUCUGUUGUAUACUUAACAUGUAUGACAAUGUGGGAUGCACACCAAAUUAAUCCGCUUUCCUUUUCCAAUUUCAGUUUGCCCCCCGACGGAACUACUUUUUGUCUUCGACCAAUCAGAAAACGCCCGACUCGCCGCGUCUGACGUGCCCUCAAAUAACGACACGAAAUUCAACAUUCUUCAAAAUUCUUUCAACAAUUUUCUUAACAACUACCUGAUCGCCAACAGCCCAAAUCCAUUUAGGUAAAUAUUAUUGGAUCAUCAUCAUCAUGUCCCUUAGUCAUUGGACCGUUGGAGCGCCACAGAUGACAUGUGAACCAUCCUCCUCCAUUCGUCUCUGUCUUGUGCACUACACACAGCAUCGCCCAGUGCUUGUCCUGUCCACUCUUUGAUGUUAUCCUCUCAUCUUUUCCAUUGUCUUCCUCUUCUUCUCCCUCCUCUUGUGGUGCCCUGCAAUAUUUCUUUGGCAUGCCCUUGUUUCCUUGUUACGCGGCCGUACCAUUGUAGUUUGUGAUUUUUUCACAGUCACCAGUAGGUCAUCGUACUCUCCAAUAUUAUUGGAUAGAAUUUGGCAACCUCCGUUUCUUUUAGGAAAAACAAAAUGGCAAUAAUAUGUGGUUGAAAUAUGUGGUUGACAUAUGUGGUUGACAUAUGUGGUUGACAUAUGUGGUUGACAUAUGUGGUUGACAUAUGUGGUUGACAUAUGUGGUUGACAUAUGUGGUUGACAUAUGUGGUUGACAUAUGCUACAGAUAAAAAUCCAGACCUACCAGACAAACGUUAACUUAUUACUGGGAUAUCAAACUAUGUUUUGGGUUUUCAGGUUACUGAAACAUUAUGCUGUAAAUAUGUCAUAACUUUGACCCCCAGGGUCGGCGCCUUAAAUAUUUCAUAACUUUGACCAACAGGGUCAGCGCCUUAAAUGUUUCGUAACUUUGACUGACCCCUAGGGUCGGCGCCUUAAAUAUUUCAUAAUUUUGACACCCAGGGUCGGCGCCUACGGAUACAGCAGCGGCAACUGGUACAACAUCAUCCCAGAAGGGUCCAGUCCAAAUGUGGCUCGCACAAACAGUUAUCUCAUUGGAACCGGACAAAAUGUAUGUUGUGAUUUUUUUUUUACAUUUGUAAUAAAACUCCCUUGCUAACAGUGGCGUAGCUGGGGUGGGGGAAACAGCUUUUUGCCUCCCUUUCCGCGAAAAAGUCUGCAUGGAGACGAAAAUGCUUUCCCUCAAAAUGAAGAAAACAUUGGCCCGACUAGUGUCGACCCCCCUACGCCACUGCUUGCAAAUGUCUUGUAUAUGUGUAAGGUCUUUUUUUCCGACUGCGCUGAUUGGGGCAAAAAUUAUUUCAAAACUAGAAUCUGUUUUCAUUUUUUUUUUUAAAGUGUUUAUUUCUUUAAAUAACCAAAUGACCCCACCCCCUUCCAAACUUCUUGUGACGUAAUACUUAACCCAGGGCUCUUGUAACAAAGUUUGAGAAGCUAUUUUAAAUUCAACCACCUUUUCCUCUAAACCAGGGGGGUUCGUGGACCCACGCUGGCCUGGAGGCGAUACGGACCAGGCCACAGUUCCAGAACAACAGAGUCAUCAUUGUCUCAUCUCAAGGAUCUGGUAACGACUAUAGGCGCCAGUUAGCCUUAAGUGAGGUGCAACGUGUGCGACAACUGGGCUGGAUCCCUGUGGUCAUCGCAGUGCAGGUGUGUGGGUAGUGGAUCUACGUCCCGAUGUUUGUCCUUUUAUUUGCGUACAGAUACGUCGGUAUUGUAUUUACGUACAAAUAAGUCGGUAUUGUAUCUAUGUCCAGAUACGUCGGUAUUGUAUUUACGUCCAGAUACGUCGGUAUUGUAUUUUCGUCCAAAUAUGUCUGUAUUGUAUUUAAGUCCAGAUAUGUCUGUUUUGUCUUUACGUCCGGAUCUGUUUUUUUUUUAAUUUACGUUCCGAUGUGGUGGUAUUCUUUUACGUACGUCUCGGUGUGUAGUUAUUUUAACAGGGCGUGUGUUCUUUGUAGUGGAUUGUUCAACAAUUUUAUCUCCCCGCGAAUGAAAGCAGCUGAGUCAAAAGUCUACUCUCUACGCCAAGUGGAAAAAUUGAAAUUAUUUGUUUUAAAAUCUUGUAAUAAAAGUUACGACCACAAUGUUACAGGGCAGAAACCCUAUUGACACCACAGAGCUGACCAGCAUCAACGGGGGUGUGCCGCCAACCAUCCUUUACGACGGCCUCGCUGACCCCAAGAGUUACCGCCUGCUGGCCCCAGAGCUUGACAGGAUCCUUGCCAGCAUAUGCAACUAUGUCAUCCCUACACAGCCCCCAACGACUCCAGCUCCGACCCCAGCUCCAAGAAUAACAAUUCCCAGACCAUCCAAUAGUUGUAAGUUACAACCUAAUAAUUGUACGUCACAACCAGAUAAGUGUACGUCACAACCAGAUAAAUGUACGUUACAACCAAUUUUGUGUAUGUUCUAAAGAUAAUUAUAUCAAUUCAUCUCACUGUUCAGUGUGAAGUCUAAAAAUUCAUCUCAUUGUUUCAAUGUGUAGUCAAAAAAUGCAUCUCUUUGUUUCAGUGUGCAGUCAGUGUCUGUUCGAAGGCGGUUACGGCUUUGACUUCGACCCCGUGUACUGUGACAGCUUCUACCAGUGCUUCCCAGACUCUGAGCCCAUAAAAAAACUGUGCCCCGCAGGGACCUUCUGGGACGGUGCACAGUGCAACUUCAUCAAUGCCGUCAGGUGCACAAACGGUAUGUCAGGGUGGCACAAUCUGAUUGUCUUCAGGGCUUAGCCAGUUUCUGAAAUGAAAUACGCAGUGGAACUGGAGGUCCUUUUAAAACAAUCAAAAUAAUUUUGUUUAUUUUUUCGCCUCCUGAUCCAGUCAGCAGAUUAUCAUUUUUUUUUUCGUAUUUAUUGAAGCUUCAACUUUUUUCUAUACAAGCGCCGUUCAUGUUUUUAAAUGAUCUAGAUCUUUACUGUAAGACUCCUCUAUCCCUGAGCGUCUGUUUUUUUUUCCUGAUUUUUGUUAGAUAAUAAACUAAAAAUAGAAAUUAAUUGUUUCAACGAUAAACUCUUUCAUGUUUUUAAAUCGAUUUUCGAUAAAAAUAGAAAAAUGCUUAGUAAUAUGUUAAGCGUUUAAUUUUUUUUUACGGUAGUCUACUAAGUAAUAUGUUGAAUAAUUGAAAUGUUAUUACGGUAAUCUAAUGAGUAUGUGUUAACUGUUUGAAUGCUAUUAAGGUAAUCUUUGUCUUAUAGCAACGAUCCUAAAUGUAAGUCUUAUUAAUCUCUAAAUUAUAAUUUGGCCCGUGGUUAGUAUUCUGAGAGUGAUCAGAUAUAAAUAUUCAAAAACUGAAAUGUUCAAAAUUAAAACGAUCAAAUUUGAAAUAUUCAAAAGAGAUAUGAACGGAUUAAUACAAAAACUUGACACCGAUGACUCAUUUGUUGAAUUAUAUUUUUGAUUGAUGAUAAUCUCAAACUCCCAAAACCUCCUGGAGUUAUUUCAGUUAUCUUGAUGGGCAAAGACUUGGAGCAUGAGAAAGUUUAUCAGUGUUAAGAUAAACCUCUUUUUUUGCCGGUCCUUGAAGGUCCAUGAGUAAAAUGCAAUAUACCACUUUCACCCUCAACAGCUGUGUGUGACGCUAGGACUCCAGCAGGUACCCGCUUCCCCAGUGGAAGGUGUUGUAACCAAUAUUAUGAAUGCUUCGGUGGAACGCUUGUCGAAAGAAGUUGCCAAACAGGUAUGACAUCUAGUCUAGUUAAAAAGAGUUGCCCAAAAGGUAAGACAGCUAUGUGACAGAAGUUGCCCAACAGGUAAGACAUCUAGUCUAGUUAAAAGAAGUUGCCCAACAGGUAAGACAACUAGUCGGUAGAUUUGAUCUCAUUUCUUUUCAAUUGAGCUCCCGGAACAAUUUUAUGAAAAUUUUGUAGGUUGCCCCCAACUGUCUAAUUUAUCAAGGAAUAAAACCAGCAAUACAAUAAACACUGCGUUUAGUAGUAGAUGAUAUGGGAAGGGGAGGCUACUCAGAUGGUCUACAACACAAUAAACACUGCGUUUAGUAGUAGAUUACAUGGGAAGGGGAGGCUACUCUGAUGCAGUUAACAGGGAUUACCAGCAUAAAGAAAACUCACAUCACCUACCAAAUCUGUUAAUAAAAAUCAUCUGUAAUCUACAUUUAUUUUUGCUUAUUGAGCUUUAGAAAACAAAGUCUUUUUUAAAUCCAAACACACAUUCGAUACUGACCAUCUCUCAAUAUUCCUGGAUUGGUCACUAUAUAUGUAUAAAUAAUUUCAGGUCAAUAUUUCGAAUCCAGUUCUAGACAGUGCACGACAGUACAGAACAAGACUUUAGUCUGUGAGAGCACUAAUCGUUUUGAGUGUGACGUCGACAGGAAUGGGCCCAUCAGUGAGUAUGACGUCAUUGACAUCGUCCCGUUGUCCAAUCGACUUCAAUAGACAUUCACAAUGAAAACUGUGUAAAAAUACAAAUGUCCUAAAUCGUUAUCUCUGAAUACUCUCGACGGAAAUGUUCUACUUGUCAUUCUCGUCAUCGUCUACACUCAAUACGAUGUGAUUUCAUUAUGAGCAGUGGUGUCUGUAUGAACGAGAAAAACAGUUGUUCCUGUCAGAUAUACUUCAGAACUCCUCCUUUCUUUACAUUAAAAUGUAUCAUUCCUAUUUUUCAACUGAACUGAAAUAAGUUCACCACCUAAAAGAGCUUGUAUUGUUUUCGCAUUUUUUUUUCCUGAACUACCAAUUAAUUUUUGGCAGUCUCCCUACUGAUGGACUUGGGGGUGUUAGAAAAUGAAACUAUAAAAGUAUCACAAUAAUGUGUCACCUAAGUAUUCCAAUGGUGUGCCGCAUAUAUAGCCCAAUGGUGUGCCGCCUAAGCAGCUCAAUGGUGUGCCACCUAAGUAGCCCAGUUGUGUGCAGCAUAUUUAGCACAAUAGUGUACCGUCCAUAUAGCCCACUUGUAUGCCGCCCAUGUAGCCCAGUUGUGUCCCGCCUAUUUAAAUAAAGUAAAUCGCCAGAAUAGUUUUACAACUAAAACAACUUUUACAUUUAAAACAGAGCCCGGAGACUGUGCGGGAUACGCCCCUGACCCUUUUGGAGACCCCUGCAGGUACGUAGAGCUGGGGGGGUGAGAUCAGACGUUGUGACAUACAUUGUGACAAAUAUUGUGUCAAAUACAGAAUAUUUUAAAUAUCCCAUCUUGAAAAAACCAAUGCAUGUACAUUUCGAUCUAAUCUUCACCUCCCGAUCUUUAACUCAAAGAGUUAAUGUUGACCCCAAUGAGUUUAUUAUGUUUACUGAAAUUGACAUCUUGUGACACUUAUCACAUUGGAAAAUGCAAACAAAAAAAUAUUGACACCCACCUUAACACGGUGAACUACACACGUCAUCUUCUUGUGAUCCUAUUUAUUUCAACCAACAUAACCCCAUUGUUGCUAUACAGAUACCAAUUCAACGGGCUCUCACUCAAAGUCGCUGCAGGAACCAUCUGGAACCAGAACAAGUGCUCCCUUGAUUUCACUCGCAGAGACAUCUGCUAUAACAACACGGGGACCGGCGACAGGGAUUUUACCGGACCAGGUGAGUAACAAGCAGACACGGGUUGGGGAUGGACAAAGCGAACUGACGUCAUACAUUCGGGUAGUUGUUUGUCAUGGUAAAUUUAUGAACAUUUAUUUUGAAGCAUUAAUAGUGGUCAGUCAAUGGUCAGUCAAUGCUCAGUCAUUGCUCAGUCAUUAAUCAGCCACUGGUCAGUAACAGUAACUGGUCAGUCACUGGUCAGUAACUGGUCAGUCACUGGUCAAUCACUGGUCAGUCACUGGUCAGUCAUUGGUCAAUCACUGGUCAGUCACUGGUGAGUCAAUGGUCACUCACUGGUCAGUCUUUGGUCAGUCACUGGUCAUUCACUGUUAAGCUGUUUUAAAAAGGCUGAAAUACUAAUCAAAAAUAAAUAUUUUAUUUAUAUUUUAUUAUCAUUUUUUUAAUAUUAAGCCAUGUUUAAUGCUGUCUGUUAGAAACGGUAGAUAAAGGGUUGAAUUUAAGAUUGUGAGUGAAGUGUUGAAUAUAUGAUUGUGAGUGCAGUGUUGAAUAUAUGAUUGUGAGUGAAGUGUUGAAUAUAUGAUUGUGAGUGCAGUGUUGAAUAUAUGAUUGUGAGUGAAGUGUUGAAUCUACGAGUGGGAGACCUAAAAUUUAAUGUUAUCAUUUUGAGAAAAUAACGAAAUGAACACCAUUUCAAAUGUAAACAAUGAAAAUCUUGAUUUAAAUUAACGAUGCGUAUCCAUGACAACCAGUACCUGCCAACGUCUGCAACGCUGUGUUCCUGGCCACCUACAACGGCGGCAGUAAAGCCGUGUUCAGUGAGAGGCUCAACACCGACCUUGACUUGUACACCAUUCAAAAGGAAGUGCUCCUGGCCAACGACGCCCUGACCUUCACCCCGAGCAUGAUCGACCCUUUCCUGUACUAUUACUUCUUCAACAACCGAGACAUUGGCGUUAACACAGCUUUCAGAGUCCGCUUUAGGCUGGACGUAAGUGGGACUUAAUUUAACACAGGUUUAAUGGUCCGCUUUAAGCUGGACGUAAGUAGGACUUAAUUUAGCACAGCUUUCAGGGUCCACUUUAGGCUGGACGUAAGUUGGACGUAAUUAGAUACAGCUUCAGGGUUCGUUUUAGGCUGGACGUAAGUAGGAUGUAAUUAAACACAACUUUCAGGGUUCGCUUUAGGACGGACGUUAAUAGAACUUAAUUUAACACAGCUUUUAUGGUCCAAUGUAAUUUCCUUCUAUAACAGAACCCAAAUGUCCAAAGUAAUUUCUUUCUAUCUCUGAAACCAAUAGUCCAAUGUUAUUCCCAUCUUUCACAGAACCCACAGUUGAACAGAGAUUACGACAUUUUGUCCAACAAUUACUGCGUGCUGUGCCCUGAGACCAUCAGCUUCACGGUGUCAGCCACCUCUAGCAACAGACGCGUCAUCAAUGCCAUGUUUGUUACCACAGAAGGCGUCACUGUCUCGACGACAGCAAUUAUUGAGCUCUUAGUGAGUAUGCCAUUGGUCAGGACCUUUAGAAACAAAGUAUGCGAUUAGUCAGGACUUUUAGACACAAAGUAUGCGAUUGGUCAGGACUUUUAGACACAAAGUAUGCGAUUGGUCAGGACUUUUAGACACAAAGUAUGCGAUUUGUCAGGACUUUUAGACACAUAGUAUGCGAUUGGUCAGGACUUUUAGACACAAAGUAUGCGAUUGGUCAGGACUUUUAGACACAAAGUAUAUGAUCAAAAGUAUGCGAUCGGUCAGGACUUGUAGACACAAAGUAUGCGAUUGGUCAGGACUUUUAGACACAAAGUAUGCGAUUGGUCAGGACUUUUAGACACAAAGUAUGCGAUUGGUCAGGACUUUUAGACACAAAGUAUGCGAUUGGUCAGGACUUUUAGACACAAAGUAUGCGAUUGGUCAGGACUUUUAGACACAAAGUAUGCGAUUGGUCAGGACUUUUAGACACAAAGUAUGCGAUUGGUCAGGACUUUUAGACACAAAGUAUGCGAUUGGUCAGGAGUUUCGGAAACAAAGUAUGCGAUUGGUCAGGAGUUAAGGGAAAAAAUUCCGAACACCAUAAUUUUAAUUACGUGUUAGGAAUACUCUGUCCCAUUCAGACAGACUUUUAAUGUAACGAACAUCAAGAAAACAAAAAAAGUCUGGUGAUUAUAAUAGAAAUAUAACUAUCACUGAAAGAGUAAGUUAUAAUUAGUACCGUACAGGGAAAUGAUUUUUGAUCAAUUUGAAGCGUAACAAAUUUGUCUUUCUCAUGAGUUUCGUCUCAGCACAGCAGUCGUGGAUACAACCAACAAUUUUCAUUGAAGGGAAUCUUUCGACCCCCCCCCCCUCAUCCCACUCUUUCCCACCCCAGGCUCUGUUGGGGAUGAUUUAAUGUUAUAGUUUUUCACCCCAACCCAAUGAUCAAUGCUAGCACUGUCAGGGUCUUUCCUCAUGAAGUCUAUGAGAAUUACCCUCCCAUGGUUAAUGCCUGGUUAUUUGGCGACUAUACGACAGUUGUCCUUCUUGCCUGUGUUUCUUGUUACCUGUAUGUAUCUACAUAUCUGUAUCCAUUUAACUGUUGAAUGUAAUUGUUGAAGUUACUGUUCAGUGAAACUUGUACAACAUAAUCUCAUUUUGGUGUAAUUAAUCUUCAAAGAAAAAGACACCUGCACAAGAUGUGUAGAAAAUCAAAAAGUGUACACAUUAGCAGUUGCGUGUGUACUUAACUACCCUGUAGAAAAACAAAAAGAAACGACCGCCUCUAGCCUGCCACUUGCAGGGUAUUUGCCAGCGUGUAUCUGCGCGGGAAUGCAAAGCUCUUCAGGCUCAAGUCUGCACGAUCAAAGUAUUUAUUAGCGAGGAACCCGAAUGUUAAAUAUUUAUAUCAUAACGGGAUUAAAUUUAUUUUAAAAUUUAAAACAGAAUUUCACUCAACCUCUUGCCUUUCAAAAAAAAUUAUUAAAAAUUAAAAUAUGGAUUAAUUCCUUUUAUAAAAAAAAAGGAUUUUAAGAGCGACCCCCAGGAAACUCUAGGGGUCGUGUUAUAUCAAAAGUGUUGAAACUCUCGGACCAAGCACUCACUUCCCAUUUCUACAAUACACUCAUGACUAUCAAUAGCACAACAGGUCCUCCAAUGCAAAGAGUGAACUUUUUUUUUUUUUUGAGCUUCCCUUCAAGAUUUCUCUCCAAACUUCGAUGUUGAAGGUAAACGUUUUAAGUCUGUGUGGUAUGAUCUCCACAGAACACAAGUGAUCUACUGGAGAUGGUCGUGAUCUAUGGCGAUAGCACAGUGUACGGCAAGGUGUACGAGGUCAGCGGGUCCAACACCGUUGUACGGUCUGCAGAUUUUAGCACAGUUGGAAAAUCACAAGGAAGUAAGUCUCCGCUGGAAUUCACUUUUAAAGUAUUACUUUAUAUAUCCACUUUUCUUGGUCCACUUUUAUAUAUGCACUUAAAUUUAUCCACGUUUCUAUAUCCACUUUUUUAUAACAACUUUUCUAUUUUCUGUCUUUCCAUACCUUCAUAUCAAUAGCCCACAUAGAGUCAUUUGAGUAUUUCCAUCGAGCAAGUGUCCUCAAACUUUUUAAACAAUGGGUCGGAUCAGUGUCCCUCAGACCCUGUCGGGGGCCGGACUAUAGUUUGAAAAAAUAUGAACGGAUUCUAUGCCCAGUGCACAUAUAUCAAUUCUUUGCACACUGAACAUAUCUCGAUUAUCUACACACUGCACAUAUCUAAAUUCUUUGCACAUUGCACAUCUCUCAUUUCAAUUUACAAUGCACAAAUAUCAUUUGUUUUGAAGAAACAUGUUUAAAAAAAAACAUAUUCAAAAUUAAAAUUAUGGCGGCGAGCCGGUACAAGGACCCCUGGUAGGCCGGACCUGGCCUGCGGGCCUUCGAUUGAGGACCUCUGCUCUAGAGAAAAGCCACUCUUACUUAAAUGAAUGUAACCCAUGGAAAUGUCAAUAUAUUAGUUGAGGCAAUUCAGAAACUUCAAACAUUAUAAAUAUAUAUAUAAAUGUGUAUAUAUAAAUCAAACCACUAAUGCUGUGAUAUAUUAAAUAUUGAAAUAUUGGUAUUCAACAAGGAAAAGGAAAUAUUUUAAAGUAUAUCUAGACACAGCUACAUACGGGAUUGAUAGGAUAAAUUUGAAAGUAUAUCUAGCCGCUAGAUAAUUAAAAGAUAGGACUAGGACAUAUUUUAAAGUAUAUCUAGACACACAACCCUCUACUUGAAAGAAGGACAUAUUUGAAAGUAUAUUUAGACACAUUUGUAUUGUAACAUAUUUGCAGAUAGACUCAUUCCUAUAUUUAAACCAUCAGUUGACUUCAAGUGUCAAUAGAUGUCAUAAUUUACUUAAGCUCUAAUAAUAGACCAACAACAGACCUGAUCUGACAUUGUGUCCACCAUUUGCUUUCAGCACACAUUGCUAUAAAUAGAUGCGGUAUUCAGAUGGGGAAAGGCCCUAAUUCACACUUCGUUGGUCUGAUUGAUGACGUAAGUACAUUUGACAUUUUCCCUACUGCUGCUUGGGUUAAUAGAUAUUUGUCACCAAGGUCAUUCUUCUUUUCAAAUAUGGUAAAAAUUAUCUGUGCUAAACAUGUCUUUUCAAUCAUGUCUGUGUUCAACUUGUCUGUGUUUUAUAUAUAUAUAUGUUAAACUUAUAUGUGUUAAACAUGUUUUCCCCAUAUAAACACUCACCAUGUCUCCCUAUGUGAAAACUUACCAUUGUUGUCCCUAUUUAAACACUCAUUAUUUGUGUCCCUAUGUAAACACUUAUCAAUUUUACCCCAAAAUAAACACUCAACAUAUGUCUCCCCAGUUUGCUGUGUAUGAGAACUGUCAAAACAUCAACUCUGUACUGAGAUAAGUCCGUUAUACAACAAAGAUGCAUAAUACAAAAAAGAUGCAUGAGACAACAAAGAUGCAUAAUACAACGAAGAUACAUGAUGCAACAAAGAUACGUGAUGCAACAAAGAUACAAGAUGCAACAAAGAUACAUGAUGCAACAAAGAUACAUGAUACAACAAAGAUACGUGAUGCAACAAAGAUACAUGAUAAAAUAAAGAUAAUGUUACAAAAAAUAUACAUGAUACAAAAAGGAUAAAAGAUGCAAGCUGUAAAAACCAACUUAAGAUGAUAAGACUACAACAACCAGUAGUGAUCUUAUAUCCCUAGAGUUCAUCUUCAACUCAUGCAGAAGAAGUACUGUACAUUUGAUUGUAUUGUAAAAUAUAAAAGUAAAGUUUUAAUGGAAUGAAAAUAAAUAAUUUAUUUAAAAACAACUUAAAUUGUGUCAUUAUAAUUAAGGAUUAUUUACUUGGUCUCUCAAUUGAAGAGUCGUGUAUUUCAGAACAUGAAAGUAAAUGUGCUGUGGCCGGGAAAUAUUUGCUGCUGUCAUGACUCAAUUCUUGACUCUGAUCGCGCGUCACCAUCGUAUAGAUUCAAAUUAAUCUUUUAAAUUUUUCUCAAGGCUCUUGGCAUUAUAAUUUUUUUUAAAAAAUCACAUUAUGUUACUUUAUAUUC